AUGUCUGUAUCAGCGCUGGGAACAGCACAUUUGCAGCAGACUAAGCUCAGCACAAAGGCUGUGGAACCAAUCGCAGACUGGCUUUCAACGUUGCCGUUUACUCCAGCGGAAGUGGAGUUUGACACCUUAAACCAUCCGCAGUUGAAGGCCAAGAUGACUCCUCUCCUCACUGAAGACGGCUUCAUCGACAGAGGCCUUUGGUGGUACUGGGGCGGAGGAGGCGAGACUGACAAUCCGGUGAGGGGUUCAUCCAUCUACGCGCUCGACGACAUCUUGGACUGUAGCGGCGGCGCCAAAAUAAAUAUGCAGCGACAAUAUCUCGGAGCAGUAGCGGACGGGAUUCAUGCCCAAUGCGUCUUACCAGCCAGGGCGUAG